GCUUCUUCAACCUCCAAAACCAAACCCUAGAGCCCGCAACCAUGUCCACCGCCAAAGCGACCACCAGGAAGCGCCGCGCGGCCGAGCCCGACCUCGCCAGAUCGGCCAACCUCGAUCUGGAUCUCGACCUCUCCAGUGAUAUCAAAGGCAUCAUGUCGGCGCUGCAACAGAUCCGAGAGAAGGCGCACAAGGAUGGCUUGAAGAAGAACGAAGAGACCAUUUCCAGUGUGUCUGCUGAAGUGAGGUCCGCAAUUGAUGAAUUGAAGACGAAAGUUGAGAAGGAUAGGCAAAGUUUCGCGAAAUCGCUUUCAAAGAGCUCAAAAGAGUGUGAGAAUUGCUUGAAGACUGAAACUACGAAGUUGCAAGGAUCAAGCGAACCAUUUACAGACCCUGAAAGUUACCUUCUUGCAAUGAUCACUUAUGAUAGACUUGAUGAGGAUUUGUUUCUGUUGAGUAUCAUUUCAAGCUUUGAAGAAGAGAAGGAAAGGCUAUUCACUCGAUACGAGCAACUGAGGAAGAGAGAAAGAACUAUGAUUCAAGAACAUGAAAAGGCCUGCACUGAUAAAAUUUCCAAGUUAGAAGAGUCUCUGAAAAAGAAGAAGCAGGACAACAAAACUUUCAGCGUUUUGAGGAAAACACUUGGUUCAUUUCUGGACGAUGAUGCUUCAGACGAAGAAGGCGCCCCACUUGAUGAUUGAAACUUGCCUGAUGAUGGAAAUAGAUAGCGCUAGGAAUCCUAUUAAGAGUUAUAUGGUAAUCGAACAACUGCAGUAGUUUAGCUACGGGUUUUACCUUCAGAAGAGCCUUAGUCUUUUAGACAGUUUCGAUAUGGUUUGGUAUAUAUAGUUAUGCUGUAUGUGAGAAAUUCUCUUUCUCAAGUUCAUUAUGGUCACUAUAGUAGCGAACACGAAAUACUUAUUUCUGACAAUUCCUAGUAGUGGCCUAACUGCUUUGAGCUUCAAGAGUCGUAUCUCUCUUGAUAGCAAUUACUUCA